UUUUCUUGUUUUUGGUCGAAGGCUCCAAGUUGUCAAAUUGAUGAUUCAAAACAAGUUUAAGAAAAGCGUUUUCAAACACCAUUUCAAACUGAUUUUUUAGUUCGAAACGGAAUCAAAUUACCAAACGGACACAAAAACCCAAGUCGUUGACAUUCCUUAUUCGUCUCCAAAACCCUGCACCACACAGCACCAGACCCCAAAAUUUUCCGCCAUGGACAAUCUCAGAAAACUCAUUGUAAUGGAGUUAUCCACCUUAAACCCCUCGAAGCUCGUCGAAAACCGCCUCCACAGCCACGUCGAAAGCCAACUCCAAGCGCUCAUCGAUGACUUGCCCACCCCAACUCACCCUCCCUACGCCUCCAUGAUACAAAGGGCAAUAGAGGAGUUGAAAGAGGGCGGAGGGUUGAGUGAGAGGGCGAUAUCAGAGUUCAUUGUGAGGGAGUAUGAGAAUUUGCCUUUGGGGCAUGAGGAUAUUCUGAGGCAUCAUCUGGGGAAGCUUUGCCAGAGGGGGCAGCUAGUGUGUACGGUUGAUAGGCGGUACAUUCUUUGGGUUGAUGGGGGUGCUGCCAAGAAGAAGGGUGCGGUGCUGGUGGGCUGGAGAAGUAGGAAAAAGCGGCGGGGAAGGAGAAAGGAAGUGAGUAAGUCAUGUGGUGGUGAGGAAAAUCAAUCGAUGGAACGGGAAAUCGGAGGAAAAACUGAAGCGCAAGGGAUGAGAAUUAACGGGAUUGAUGAGGAGAGAAAAGGGGAAGAAGAGCGAGAAGAGGUGUUGGGAAUGCUUGAUCAACGAAUUGAAGAGGAAGUGAGUAGGCCAAGUGGUGUUGAGGACAGGGGUGGAGAGAUUGGAGAAGAAAAUCAACCGAUGGAACGGGAAAUUGAAGGAGGAACUGAAGCACAAGAGAUGAGAAUUGACGGGAUUGAUGAGGAGAAGGAGAAUAAAACCGAUGAAGGGCAAGAAGAGGUAUUGGGAAAGCUUGCUCAAGGUAUUGAAGAGAAAAAUGAAGCCGUUGAAGAACAGUCUGAAGCUGAAAGACAGGACAUGGAAGUGACCGAAAUCAUAAGCGGGAAAUUGAAUGAUGGUGGAGGGUCAAAUGGUGAAGAAAUGGUACAUGCAUUUAUCAAAGCAAGUGAAAAUAACGAAUAUAUUCAAGCUGGGGAGCAGCAAGAUGAAAGGAUAAAAGAACAGCAACUUGGAAUAAGCUCUGAGCAAAAUGAUCCACAACCUGAACAAACCGAGGUAAUUGAAAGUCGAUUUCAUUCGGAAGAGGUGCAAAAGCAGCAGCAGCCAGACAAAGCCGAGUCGAACAACAAAACAAUAUCAACAUCCCCAUUGAAUGAAGUAAAUGUUGACGCUGGAGCGCCACAAACUGAUGUGAUUGAAGAAGAACAACUUGAAGAAAGCUCUUUGCAAAACGAAAUUCUGCCUCAACAAGCUGAGCUAAUUGAAAAACAAAUUCAAUUGGAAGAAGUGCAAAAGCAGCAUCAACAAGAAAGUUGUGGGCAGCAAGACGAAACCAAGGUAAAGCAUGAUACAAUAUCAGCAUCCACGCCAACGGCCACCACUUCUCUUGGUGGUCCAAGCAGUGAUGGGCAGAAGGUCAAUCUGGAGAAGCAAUCAGAUAUUCCUGCUAUGCAAUUGUUCCCUAAGCUUAAAUCAACAAGAAAGAAGAAAUUAUUUCUCCGACAGAAACAGAAGCCCGAUCACUGUUUGAUUCAACAGAGGAAACUAAGAUCAUAUACCCGGUCCCACAUUCCUGAAUCUGACACAUCUUCUACAAUCUCGGAGCUGCCACCGCUUUCCCAACAACAAGAUGAGCUGCAACAGCAAGCACAACAUGAAGGCCAAGAGAAGCAACAUCAAAGGAGGCCUCCUAAACAGAAAAGGGAUGAGAAGACGAAUAUGAAGACAGAUUUUAAUCCUCAUGAGGAGCGGCCACUGAAGCGUCAUAGAGUCCAAGGACGACCUCCUAUACCAACACCAAAUGGAGAUAAGGAGGCCUCAGAUGUUAAGGUACAUAAUGAGCAACAGCAGCAUAAGACUCAGUUGCAGCAAAGAGUACUAAGAUCGCAUACCAAAGCGCCUUCAGUUUCUGAAUCAGCUAAACCUACAAUGCCGAAAUCAUCUAUGCCUUCCAAAAAUCAAGAGAUGCAAAAGCAGCAAGCACGACGCCACGGAAGGCCUCCUAGACCAAAAAUAGACGCAGACACAAACGCCGGGUCUGCAUUGUCCUUGGCUUCACAGGAACAUAAGGAGGAGGAGCUGCCCCCUAAACAUCAUGACCAAGGAAGCCCUCCUAAACCGAAAACAGACACCGGCCCAAAUGCAGGGUCAGCAGUGGCCUCGGCUUCACAGCAUCAUGAGGAGGACAACCAACCACCAAAACAGCGUGGACGAGGAAGGUCUCCUGUGCUGAAGACAGCCACGGAUCUAAAUGCAGGAUCGGCAUUAUCCUCGGCUUUACAGGAUCCUAAGGAACAUGACGAGCAGCCACCAAAACCUCGUGGCCCAGGAAGGUCUCAUAAGCGGAAAGCAGACAUGGAAUUUAAUGCGGAGUCGGCAGUGUCCUCGACUUCACAGCAUCAUGAUGAGGAGCAUGAGCAGUCACAUAAACACCGUGGCCGAGGAAGGCGUCCUAAACCGAAAACAGCCACGGACUUAAACGCAGGGUUGGCAUUGCCCUUGGCUUCACGGCAUCACGAGGAGGAGCAUCCACCGAAACCUCGCCUAGGUAGGCCUCCUAAUCCCAAACCAUCUAAAUACAUGUUGAGGAAGCAUGGGAAACUUCAUUUUCCAAGUAGAGGCAGAGGCAGGCCUCGGAAGGAAAAGCAAGAUGCAAUGAUCUUGAAAAGCAGAAGCAAAAGCAUUCUAAGGGGCCAGGAAGGCCUCCUAAAGCAAAGGGAAGACCCUCGGAGGGUCGCCAUCCGCUGGAGCAGCCCUGGAAAGAUGGUAGAGGAAGGGCUCGGAAACUAAAAUUAGAUGCUGACACUGCCAUGAAAAAUCCAGAGACCCCAUAAAAACUAAGCGGCUUCAACCAUAGACUGCAGACUUUUUCAGCUUGUUUUGUUUUCUCAGGAGCAUCUAGCUACUGCUAUAGUUUGUGGGUAAUGUUUGUAUG